AUUGGUCCUUAAUAUCAAAUUUUGUUUUACUUCAUCUUCCCUCUUAAUAGGAAUGUUGUCAACCUAGCAAAAAAGUACUCCUAUUCUUUUGCUUAAUAUGUUGAUCCCUAUGUGUGUGUGUGUAUGGAACAUCUCACAUGGAAACAAUGUGUUGUUGUGUACAAAACUUUCUUUUAGAUUGAUUUCAUUCCCAAGUCAAAUGUGAAAGACUAAAUUUUGCCUCUUUGGUAUUAGUUAUGGCAAAAUUGGGAAAAAUAAUUGACAUGGGGGAACAGCUAUGCUUUUGCAAUAGUCUUGAUGAAAAGAUGCAAAAACUAAAAAGAAAAUUGGAAGAUCUGAGCAGCAGGGAAGCUGACAUAAAUAAAGAACUAGAAUAUGCAGAAUCACUAUAUUUAAAGAAACGAAGGCGGUCAGUUGAAAAUUGGUUGACGAAUGUAGAGAGAAUAAACAGGCAAGUUCAUAGCCUGGAGCAAGCACUGGAAGAAAGGAGAUUGCUUGGGCGUGUACAGUUGUGGAAACGAGUGGAAGAGCUGACUGGAGAAGUGACACAACUUGUGGAUCAAGGAAGAUUUCCUGGAGGGCUCACAUUUGAAGCACAUGAGACCAAAGGAGAUGCAUUGUUGACAACAAAAUUGGUGGGUCAAACAUUUCAAACAAAUAUGGAUAAGAUUUGGACAUGCCUAAUGCAGGAUGAGGUCUUAAUCAUUGGCAUUUAUGGAAUGGGGGGAGUGGGGAAAACAACCUUGGUGACUCAUAUCCAUAACAAACUUAUAGAAAAUCCAAACACUUUCGAUCAUGUUUUUUGGAUCACAGUAUCACAAGAUUUUAGCAUUCAUAAAUUGCAGAAUGAUACUGCAAAAAUACUGCAUCUAGACCUUUCAAACGUGGAUGAUGAAAAGAAAAGGGCGGCAAAAUUGGCCCAGGCUUGGAUGAGAAGACAACAAUCUGUACUCAUUUUAGAUGAUGUAUGGAAUCAUUUUGUUUUAGAGAAUGUGGGAAUUCCUGUCAGAGUCAACGGGUGCAAAUUGAUUUUAACCACGAGAUCAUUAGAUGUGUGUCGAAGGAUGGGUUGCCAAGUGAAAAUCAAAGUGGAGCCCCUUUCAAAGGAAGAAGCUUGGAGCUUAUUUUUGGAGAAAGUUGGGAACUAAAUUUCAGUUUCUCCUGAAGUAAAAGAUAUUGCAAGGUCUGUUGCAAAAGAAUGUGUCGGUCUGCCACUUGCCAUAACCGUACUGGCUGGAAGC